CAGGCGCCUGGCGUGCAGGCGUGACCCGGGGCCUAGGACUCCAAGGCCCAGAAUGCCGCGCGGCUAUUCCACGCCUCUCCCGCCCCUCUCCAGCGCCAGUGGCUAGCCGCGCCGCCCGCCACCUCAGGCGGGCACUCUGUCAGCUGUCCACUCUCCUUUGUACCUUCUCUGCUGUCCUGUCCGGCGGCUCCCAGGGCUGCCGCCCGCGCCAGGCCCGCCGGUGCCCCUCUCUCCCAGCACGCGUAUCUCAGGAGCCGGCUGGGCCGCCAUGGAGGACCCCCAGAAGCCCGGGGCCACCGCGGCCCCCGACAGGUCCUGGAAGUUCCUGGUCUUCUACCUCUGCUUCUUCGGCUUCAUGAGCCAGAUGCGGCCCGGCGAGAGCUUCAUCACGCCCUACCUGCUGGGCCAGAACUUCACCCGGGAGCAGGUCGCCAACGAGAUCACGCCGGUGCUCACCUACUCGUACAUGGCCGUGCUGGUGCCCGUCUUCCUGCUCACCGACUUCCUGCGCUACAAGCCGGUGCUGGUGCUGCAGAGCGCGAGCCACGUGGCCGUGUGGCUGCUGCUCUGCUUCGGCGCCAGCACGCUGGCCAUGCAGUUCAUGGAGUUCUUCUACGGCGUCACCAUGGCGGCGCGCGUCGCCUACUCCUCGUACAUCUUCUCCCUGGUCAGCCCGGCGCGCUACCAGCGCAUGGCCGGCUACUCGCGCUCCUCCGUGCUGCUGGGCGUCUUCGCCAGCUCCGUGCUGGGCCAGCUCUGCGUCACGGCCGGCCGCGUCCCCUUCGCCACCCUCAACCGCGUCUCGCUGGGCUUCAUGGGCUUCGGGCUGCUCCUGGCGCUCUUCCUGAAGCGGCCCAAGCGCAGCCUCUUCUUCAACCGGCGGGAGGCGGCGGCGGCGGGGCCCGAGCUGGAGCGCAUGAACCCGGACCAGGCGGCGGCCGGCGGGGCCUCGGCGCUGGGGCGGAUGCUGGCGCAGCUCGGGGACGUGGCGCGCGUGCCGCAGCUGCGCCUCUGGUCGCUGUGGUGGGUGUUCAACUUCGUGGGCUACUACCUGGUCAUCUACUACGUCCACAUCCUGUGGAGCGAGGUGAACCCGGACAAGGUCUACAACGGCGGCGUGGACGCGGCCGCCACGCUGCUCGGGGCCGCGGCCGCCUUCGCCGCCGGCUUCGUGAGGCUCCGCUGGGCCGUGUGGUCGGAGCUGGUGAUCGGGAGCGUCACCGUCCUCCAGGCCGGGCUCAUCCUGCUCAUGUACAGCACCGGCGACAUCUGGCUGUGCUACGCCGCCCUCGUGCUGUUCCGAGGCCUCCAGCAGUUCCUGGUGCCCAUCGCCACUUUCCAGAUCGCCUCCUCCCUGACCAAGGAGCUGUGCGCCCUCGUGUUCGGCGUCAACACCUUCCUGGCCACCGUCCUGAAGACCAUCGUGACCAUCAUCGUGGCCGACAAGAGGGGCCUGGGGCUCCCCGUCCGCUCCCAGUUCCGAAUCUACUUUGGCUACUUCACGGUGCUGGCUGUGGCCUACUUCUCGGGGGCCGUGUACGUGGCGCUGAAGCACUGUCGGCAGAGCCGACUGCAGAGGGUCCCUUUGGCGAAUGAGCUGAGGAGCCCCGCGGAGGGGUCCGAGAAGGCGCAGAGCCCGGAUGAUGACGGUGUCCGCGGGGUGCAGGCCUGACCGGAGAGGCGUCUGGGCAGAAGGACGGGUCUCCCGUGCUCCACGCUAGGAGGGAGGGAAGCCCCUCGGCCCGCUUUGGGGUUCAGGGGAUUAAGGGUCUUGGCUGCGGCCCCGUCUGAUGCCAACAACAUCCUCGAGCGGGGUCUGGGUCCGUGGUGAGAGCACUUGGGAAACGGAGGCCAAGCUUUCGUGCGCGGGUGGGCCGUGUCACCUUCCCUCCGCCUUUCUCAAUGGGAUUAAGACGUAGCCCUUGCCCAGACCAGGAAGUGAGGCCAUCCCGGCCUCAGCUCCUUGGCCAAUAGCUCGGGUGCCCCGCAGAGAACCAGAUGAAUGGAUGCCCUGGGCCUUGCCUCAUGCUUUGGAGGUGUCGUGUCUGGCGGGGCUCCCCAAAGCCCUUGGAGGUGGAGACAGCGGCUGUCCUCAGACACUUUUCACCCACCAGAGGAUCUCCCAGAAUGGUGGCGACCCUGUGGGGGGAAACGGCAUCCCCCAUCCCCCACCUCCUCUGGCCCCGCUCAGCUGUGUCUGGCUAGUUGCAGCCUAGAGCUCCUCCCCACCCCCCACCCCCACCUCGAGCAUUGGUCCCCUGGACAGCCCAGCCACUCUUGGGUCCACUUUCCUCCCCAAGGGGCUCUCUGGGCCCCAGGGGAGAGCGUGGCUGGUGCUCCCCAAAGCCUCCAGCCUCCCGUCCCAAAGCAAAGCCACACUUUCUUGUUGGGCUCCCAACAGUGGCCCGGGGGCCGGCCCUACUCCCAGGGGACAGUCAGCCCGGCUUCCUCACAGCCACCCCGAGGGCUGCUGGGCCGGCCGAGUCACCUUCAGGCGCCUCAUCUCCUGGCGUGUAAACUGGGCUGACACAGACCUACCUCACAGACACGUUAGCAGGGGAAGGAGAGCCGCGGGCAGGGCACGGGCAGCAGCGCCCCCACGACGAGGAAGAGGCCCGCUGGCCCCCCUCUGCCCGGUGCUCUGCAGCUCGAGCACAGACGGCAACGGAGAUCGGCCCCCGGCCCGGCUCCAGGUUCCUCAGAACCCCGCUGGCCCAGGACAGAAAUCAGCGUGUCUUGGUGCAAUAAAGCUGCUUGUACCCAGGAA